GGUGAUUUCGAUCCUGCCUUUGUUCAGGCUUUGGCUGUUCAAUCAUGGAGUUUGUAUGCCCGAAUCCACAGAUUGGGAAUCAGAGGGCUUCAGGUCGAUGAUUAUCUCAUGAUGCUUGCUGGAGGUUUAUAUACAGCUCUGAUCGUAUGCUUGAACGUUAUUUCAGGAGGAGGUGGCAGCAAUCUAUACCUCCCAGAAGAGUUCUCAACCUUCACACCACUGGACAUCCAAGAACGAAUCAAGGGAUCCAAGAUUGUCAUUGUUUCGGAACAGGCAAUGCUGAACGUCAUCUACACGAUCAAAGCCUGCAUGUUAAUCAUGUAUUCUCGCCUCACCCUCGGCCUUCAAGUUCAAAAGAUGGUCUUUUACCUCGCCAUAUACGUAGCUAUAGGCUGGGCCUCCACCGAAAUCGCCUUCUUCACAGCCUGUCGACCUUUCGUUGGCUACUGGGCCAUGCCACCUCCAAAUCCCCAAUGCACAACCCUCCAACACUACGCCAUCGUCCAAGCCUGUUUCAACAUCUCCUCCGACACACUCAUGCUCUUCAUUCCUCUCCCCCUCAUCACCAGACUCAACAUGCCCCUGAAGCAAAAAGCCGUCCUGAUGCUCAUCUUCUCCAUGGGAAUAUUCGUCAUCCUCGCCGCCAUCCUCACGAAAGUCUUCAACCUGUCGAACAUCUGGGAUCCUUCAUACAUGUUGUGGUACACGCGCGAAGCGUCCGUGGCGGUUUAUGUUUCGAAUCUGCCGAUGAUAUGGCCGUUGUUGAGAGAGUGGUUCCCGAUGCUGAGAAGCAUGACG